AUGUUUUCAACAAGAUUCAUCUUGGUGAUGACCCUCUUCAGGCUCAUCACUCCUAACCAAGCCUUGAUCACCCUGGACUACUGCCUCCUGAGUUGUGGCGACGUCAACCACACCAUGUGCGACUACCUCCCAGGGGGCGGCCCGGAGUGUGGGGAGUUCCAGGGGGGGUUGUCAGAGGAAGAGGAGAAACUCAUCGUGGAUCUGCACAACCGUCAUCGGCAAAAGAUAGCUUCUGGAGACCACGACCAGCCUCAUGCCGCAGAUAUGCUGGAAGUGAUUUGGGACCGAGAGGCAGCCAUCAUCGCACAAAGAUGGGCCGACCAGUGUGACGUACUGGGCCACGACAAGUGUAGACGAACACUCCACGCGAAACAUGUAGGACAGAACACUGCGUGGAUGAAGGGCGUGGACUAUCCGGGCAGACGUCGCAACAGAGCUGACGUCAUCGAGUACUUCAUCACCGGGUGGUUCAACGAGGUGGAGAACUACCCAGGGGACGUUGACGGGUUCAAUCCUACAGAUCAAGAACUUCCGAAGUUUGCCCACUACACCCAGCUGGUAUGGGGGUCCACGGCGGAGUUGGGGUGUGGGUUUGUACAAUGGGUGACUGAUAUAGAGUACGAGUACAAACUUGUGUGUAAUUACGUCCCCGGGGGCAAUCUGAGGGGGUUGCGGGUUUACAGAAGGGGGGAACCAUGCUCUGGAUGUCCUUUGUUCACCAAGUGUAGCGAAACGUAUCCUGGCUUGUGUGCGGCUCACGAUUGGAGUAGAAUUGGGGACGUUAAGACAGUAGAUACUGAGGAAAAGCAAAAAGACAUAAUUGAUCAAAGAGAAGAAUGUGAGAAAGAAGAUAAAGACGAAGAAGAAGAAAUUGAAGAAGAAGAGGCCAUUGAAAGCCCCAUAGAAGACACCAUACACCCCAUGGGUAGUGACGUUAGUGUUAGUGAGGAGGAAACUAUAGAAAAUUACUCCAAAGGCCAUGGCCAUGCUCUAAGGUCAUUUUUAAUCGUGACAAUUUUUACCGUAAUUUUAAACUGUUAUUUAUUUAAAAUGGUGACUGUUAAUUAA